AUGCUCCUCACUGUCAUUGGCCUACGUAUUUGUCACCGCAGUCUAUCGGCUCUAUUUCCAUCCACUGGCCUCGUACCCGGGUCCGUUCUGGGCCCGGCUGACACAGGCCCUGAAUUUCGGUAUCGCCCUGACAGCGUUGUCCUCAACACACCCUCCGCAUUUAAGAAGAUUUUUGGACCAAAGGGAAAUGUCAGGAAGGGCGACUAUUACCAGAUAUGGCCCCGUAAUGUCAAUACCAUCAACACGUGGAACAGCACUGCCGUCAGUGUUCACGCUCGCAAGCGUCGUGUGUUGAACUACGCCUUCUCGGAAGCUGCACUACGAGAUGCUGAGACGUUCUUGCACUCAAACAUUGACCGAUGGCUGGAGCUGCUCGGCGGACAGGUCUCGAAGGAUGGCGGAUGGACCACUCCUGUCAACAUGAGUGACUGGGUCAACUGGCUCGUGUUCGAUAUUCUUGGUGACUUGUGCUUUGGCACAAACUUCAACAUGAAGGAGUCUACCAGCAAGUUGCGCCACAUUCCUGAGGUCAUGGCCACUUUCUUGGAACUCCUGCACCCAGUUGGAUUCAGCCCCGUGGCUAACAUUUGGAUGUGGCUGAAACCCCGCGGUCUCGACUGGCUCUUGUCAGUAGCAUCGCCGCCGGCAGUGGUGGAGUGGCAAAACUUCGUGGCCUCAUCUCUCGAGAACCGAUCCAAGAUCGAAAAGGAGUUGGAGGCAAACCCUAAGCCUGAAGGCGAGAUCCGCAGAGACUUCUUCCAUUGGCUCUUCAAGGCUGUCGACCCCGAGACGGGCGAGCGCGGCUACGACUUGGACGAGCUGUAUGCUGAGUGCGAGCUGCUCAUCAUUGCCGGCUCGGACACAACUUCUGUCGUCAUGUCUGCUGCCUUCUUCUACCUAGUAAAGAACUCGGAAAUUCAGGCAAAGAUUGCGCAAGAAAUUCGCUCAACCUUUUCUAGCUACGACGAGAUCAAGUCGGGCAGCAAACUCAUGUCCUGCAAGUACCUUACUGCCUUCCUCAUGGAAGCCAUGAGGAUGACGCCACCAGUUGCCGCAGAGCCAAGCCGUGAGGUGCUUCCAGGAGGCACAAGCGUCGAGGACCGCUACUUCCCUGCUGGUGUUCAUCUGAGCACAGGCUUGUACUGCCUCAGCUACAACUCGAAUGUCUACCCUGAACCCUUCAAGUUCCGACCUGAGCGCUGGAUUGUUGACGAAUCUGGAAAGGAGGGCUCUUCGGCCGAAAGUGUCGCCCUGGCCGAGAGUGGUUUCUGCGCCUUCUCAUUUGGAACGCGGGGAUGUGUUGGAAAGAACCUCGCCUGGCUCGAGAUGCGACUCGUUAUGGCCAAGACAUUGUGGAUGUAUGAAAUCCAGUGUGUUGCAGGUGUGAAUCUCGGUGGUGGUGACCGUAAUGGCAAGCCUGGGCGGCAGGUCGAGGAUCAAUAUCAGAUCUACGAUAUGUUUGUAGCUAACAGGAAGGGUCCGAUCGUGCAAAUGAGGAAGAGGCAGCACUGA